UAUAUAUAUAUAUAUAUAUAUAUGUGUUAAAUUUUGCCAUUCAUAAAUUUUAGUUCUUCUUUCUCCCAUUACAAAAAUGCCGAAUCCAGCCGGAGUCAAUGUAUUACACUGUGUUGGUGCUGCGUUUAUUACAGUGGGUCUGGUAUUACACAUUGUAGGAUUAGCUACGCCUAGCUGGACUGUUAGCAAUAUAAAGAAUUUUUCUUUGGGUCUAUGGAAAUUCUGUCCUGACAUAUGUAUAGACAUCCCGGAUUAUAUCUGGGUUUCAAUGAAACACCUCGGAAUUUCGGAUGCAUUCAAAUCAGCAAGGGCUUUUGCGAUUCUCGGAAUGUUCAGUGGAUUGUGUGCAAUGGGACUGACCUACAUUUACUUAAUUAAACUACUGAAACAAAACGUGAAUUCAAAUCUUUUAAAGAAAAUCGUCUUGUGUACAAGCAUUUUGUCCAUUGUCUUCAUUGUCAUCUGUAUAAGUUGUUUUGUAGCGGGAUUCCAAGAGAAGUUAGAAGGAUAUUUUAAUCAGGACUUGAAAGCUGGUUACUCUAUUUUCCUCAGUGGUUUCGGAUGUGCUGCCAUUACUCUUGGUGGCAUUCUGUUUUAUGUCUCGGGACGUACCAGUGGUGAGACCUAUGCUAGAAUAUAAAAACACUGUUUGGGCAGAAAUGUUUAGGAUAAACUAAACUUUGUCAAAGAACCUAAUUUUAAAUUCACUUUUGAUUACUAUAUAAAGAGGAGUUAUGCUAUACCCUUAAAACUGGUAUAAUGUUAAAUUAAGAUAUACUUUUGACACCUAUGUAAAACGAUUAAAGCUACGCUCAUAGCAAUACAAUAAACACGAACUAAGCUCUCCGUUAGACACUAUUUCAAUGCGUGGCGGUUGAUUGUCGUAUCACAUCUCCUUUUAUUACCGCUAGUUACUUAGGUUGUUAGUUAGAUUGUUAGCCGUCCAUUAGUUUUUUAGAAUAAAGUUAUAAGUCAAAGAUUAUAUGUUAUAUAAUUCCUUUAUAUUGAUGCUGAUUAUAAGCUUAAAAGUACACACAAAUUAUUGUACCUUACAACAAGCAUUCCUUGUAAACCAGAUACACCAGAAGGACAUUUAUUGUUUGUCAGCCAUGAUUGAAAACUCCUAUACCUCAUGUUGUCCGUAAUUCAGUGCGCACCAAGCAACCUUUAAUACAGUGUUUCAUUAACUAUUUUUGUAACGGAACACUUCCUAUUUUCUGAGAACUGAGCGGAACUGUUUCCUUGUUUGUUUGUUUUUUAAGUUGAGUUAUUUCCCUUUAAUUUAAAUUAAAAGUAGUACAAAUUAAACCGUAAUCUAAAUUUAUAUUUAUUUUUAUUAUUUACCAUUAGAAAACUAUAAUAAAAAAUGAAGGUUUCUUGACUUUGAUGGUAUUGUAUUCCAGUAGAUAAUAACGUCUUUGUGUUUGCUGAUAAUAAACUCAAUUCUACGAAUUGGUGGGACCUUAAGCCGCCUCUUUCUUGAUUUAUAAUUGACUUUGGAGCAAAAUAAAAUCACAAAUAGGUUAUAGGAAACAAGAGUCAAAUAACAUCAGCUUUUUUUUCUAGAAAUUAUUUAAUAAUAUAUAUUUGUAUCAUUGUUUGAAAUUAGAGUUAGUAUGUAGAUCAGUUCCACGUUCCUUAUGAUGUUCUUUAACGAGAAGGUCUUAUAAACUAAUUGUUUCUUUCCCAUAAACUUAGAAUUUAUUCAUAUGUAGACGGUGGACAAUGGACCUACAAGUUUAUUGUUCCAAUACUUCAUGGUACACCUAUUAAACACAGUUUGGGAAACACUGCUUAAAAAAAAAAGGUGCAAGUGUUUUUAUUACAUUAAUUUCGUUUAUAAGGAAAUAAGAAACAGAUAGUUUGUUUGUUCUUCAAACUUGUAUAUCACUUUAAGUCUUAAUUUUACUACAUUUUGUAUGAUCUCAUAGCAUCAUUGGCUAACCUUAAUCUUAAUCCUUUCCAGUAUUUCAUUUGUUUUUUGUUUUUGAUGGCAAUGUAAUACUUUGUAAAUAAAAAUAUUUUAUUUUUCAACCAACGAGUUUAAGUAAAUAUUAUCAAGCGUGCUGUAUAUUAGAAAAUAAUUCUCGUAUUCUUUGUUGUCUUGAAUUCCAGGACUACUUUUUCAUUAUCGUUAGAUGAAAGCUUCAGUAACAAUUAGGUUCUUAAUUAGCGAAAUUUAUUAUGCAGUAUAAAAGUACCAUUUUCAGACCUUGCAAUCUAUAGGGCAAGUAUCAACCUCAAGAUUAAUUAAGGAGCAGAGUUCCAUGACUAGUCUGUCAUUAUCCUUAGAUAAAAGCUUCACUAACAAUUAGGCUCUUAAUAAGCAGUCGCUAUAAAAGUACCCCUUUCAGACCUUGCGAUAAUACAAACAGUAAAUGUCGUCUGUUUCGGUGGCCCACGGUUAAUGAGGGUGUCAAUUGGCCAGAUCAACGACAAAUUACUUUCUCAAACUGAUGUCAGAAAUUCAUUAGAGGUGGGUGGACUCAGAGACGCCCUAAACACUGUGCGAAGAGAACAUUUUAAAAUUCUGAUGGUAGUUCGCGAGCACAGGAGAGUAAAAAUGACUGUCGUUUUCAUAGACACUGUAAGAAAAUUCCGGUUUGUAAUGAUUAAAAGGCACAAUUUUUA